AUGCCUCACAAACACAAGAGACGUCACAAUGAUGACUCAAAUUACAAUCUACCGCCCUCGUUGAUCGCCAAGCCGCUCCCAGUCCGCGACCAGGAGGGCAAAUCCAAGUCUGGCAAGAAACAAGCAGCCGGCGACAACAAGAAAAUUCCCAACCAAACAGCGACCAGCCGGCGCAAGAAUGCCAUCGAGGACGACACCCCGAGAGCGUUCCGGCGGCUGAUGCAAUUCCAAACCACGGGGAAGCGAGCACCAUCGGGACUGGAGACAGAGGACAAGAGCCGGGAAAACAAGAAGCGCAAGCGCGACACCGCAGCCACCAAAAACGAGUCCAGCAACAAACCAACCCGCGCAGACUCGCAGCAGACCCCGGCCAACGGCACCAAGGCGACGAAGCAGGCGAUGCCGACCAUCCUGCCGGGCGAAAAGCUGUCGGAAUUUGCGGCGCGCGUUGACCGCACUCUCCCGCUGUCCGAAAUGACCAAGUCUACGAAGCCUGGACUGGGCAAGCUCCGCGAGGGUCGGCAGACGAGGCAUGAGAAGCAUCUGCGGCGACUGCAGCGCGGCUGGCGCGAGGAUGAUGUGAAGAUCCGGGAGCGAGAACAGGAGGAGCGCGAGGAGCGCGAGGCCGAGAUGGAGAAUCAACUGGACCUGUGGAAGGAGUGGGAGGCCGAGGCCGGGGCUGGGAAAGCCAAGAAGAAGGCCGCAGGUGCAAAGAAUAAGAAGAAUAAGAAGAAUAAGAAGGGGAAUAGUGCGGGCGGCUCGGACGAUGGCGAGGUGCCUGACAGCGGUGAUGAUGAUCCUGACCCUUGGGCGAAGCUGAAAAAGCGGGAGCGUGCGAAGCAGACGAAUCCGUUUGAUGUUGCGCAGGCACCGCCGCAGCUGAAAAAGCCGCGGGAGAUCUUUAAGGUGCGAGGCGGCGCUAAGGUUGAUGUUGCCAAUGUUCCGGCUGCGGUGGGCAGUCUGCGUCGACGAGAAGAGCUGGCCGGGGAGAGAAGGAACAUCGUCGAGGAAUAUCGGCGGCUGAUGGCCGAAAAACGGCAGUGA